AUGCAUGCUGAUGAAGGGACUUCAUUCCGGCGAGCUGGCAUCUAUCAGCAGAGUUGGGGCCCCAUUAUAAAGGCAGGGCCAGCAAGUGCAUUGCACUGUUUCUUUUACACAGCCAUGUUGGCAGAUGACUACAAGGAAGACCAUGUUGGCUAUGGUGCAGGCAACAACACCCUGGACAGUCUCAUGAGACACUUCGUGGAGGAUGCGAUGGACUGCUACUUGAAUGGUGUGCCUUCAAGGCAGGGGCUGUUCUACAUCGUGAUACUCCGUCUGGAAGGAGAUUUGCCAGCCCAAGCCAAACUGUCCCACUCAGGGCGCAAUUAUACGAAUGACCCCAACCCUAUAUGCAGUUGGUGCCUUGCGGAUGGGAGACAGAUUCCAUUCGGGGAUUUCAGGAGGACUGCAGCCUGGCGGGCAACGAUUUCCCAGCAACCCCCUUGGAUGUCGAGGAGUCCUCUUCAUGAUCUACCAGGAGGUGAAGAUGUUAGGUUCCUCUCGAAGGACCUGUUCCACAUUUCACAGUUGGGCAUUACAAGGACCUGUGUUGCAUCUGUGAUAUGCUUUUUGGUCACGAUGGGCCAUUUCCAACCGUUGGUUGGUGGUACAUCGGUGCCGGCAUGCUUGAAAGAAGCAUACAAGGAUUUUGGGCACUACUGCAAGGCUGUAUUGCAUGAAACACCGGAUGUGAAAACAUUUACACGUGAGAACUUGCAGUGGACAUCCAGAGCGAAGCUGCCAGAUACCUCUUGGAAAGGCUCGGACGCACGCUUGCUCACGAAAUGGCUGGUAGACUAUUUGUCCCGUCCAUUUCUUCUUGAUGAGAUCUCCCAACAUGUGUUUGAACUGCUCUAUGCCAUAGACGACUUCCAUCGGUUGUGUUACAAGCAGUGUGCACGCAUCUGGAUGAAUGAAGCACAAAUGGAGGCAGCUCGCAAAUCCCUGGGCCGAUUCUUGGUGAACUACUCGAUGGCAGCCAAGAAGUGCCAUGAUCGGGGGUGGUUGUUCUUUAACAUCACCCCGAAAUAUCAUUACAUGUUGCACAUCGAGCACGACUUGCGGAUGUCCAUGGGCCAUGAAUGGGGUUUUAACCCCGCUUGCUUUGCCACUGAGAUGGAUGAAGACUACAUGGGUUCUUCACUCUUUUGUGUGUGGAAGGUGUUUGUUCGUCUCUUGGGUGACUCGGGAGAGAGGAAGCCGCCGCAUCAAAAUGGUUGCCCAGAUCCCCUUUCGUUGGAGCCUCAUUUCGUCCCGAGUGCACAGAGCUUCCCUUCCGUUCGACCGCCGCCUAGCAUGGUGGAGCCCGUUUCGGCCACCAUUCUUGCAGGUCUCGCAGCAGACUUCUUCGUCGGAUGGAUGGCAAAGAAGGCUUUCUUCAAAGGCUGCCGAACGGUAAAAGACAUCUUGGAGUGCCUUGAGAAGGAUGUGGUGAAGACAACCAGCGCCCUCUCGGAUUACCUGCAAGAGAACUUCGACAAAGAUCGCUCGGGAUGUUUGAGCCCGGAGGCGAUCCAGGCUGGUCUGCGCAAGCUUCGCCAAGACCUUCCAAAAUUGACGGAUGCUGGACAACGGGCCUCGAUGACCUACAUCAUGGGCCUCAUGCUCUACGCCGAGACAGCCUGUGCUAGUCUCAAGGAAAACGGCCCAGCCACCGAGAAGCGCCUCCGGAGUUUCGUGCCGCCCUAUGCCAGCUUGGACAAGAAGCGGGCACAGAUUGAGCUGAUCGUGUGUUCGUUCAUCCGAUCGGCACAGCACAAGACGCUUCUGGAAAAGAUCGAAGCCCGGCUUGAAAGCAAGACCGCUGAGUAUGCGGAGGACAUCCUCUGGGAAACGAUUGAGGAGCCGCUGAAAGAAGCCGUGGGUGCCAUCGUGAAAGAUGUCCUGGGAUCCGCAGUUCCAGAUGCUAUGAGCCUCUUCAUCUAUUUCUUGGAAGUCGUUUAG